ACCAGCCAGACGAAGCGCCGCUCCCACGCCGACCGUCCACAGCAGCGUUCUGCGUUCCCGAUGGCGUCCGCAGCAGAGCGAGGGCCGCCGGCUCUGCCCGUCAAACAGCACAGGUGUUCCAGUUCAGGUUCUGAUGCCGUUCUCCUCAGCACAGCAAACGACGCCGUCUUCUCUGACACCUCCGACUGCCACGCCCCCCAGUGCCCCAUUCACCAGCGCAAAGAUGUCUCCAAACACGAGAUCCGGUUUUUCUCCGAGGGAACCCCCCCGCCCGUUCCCAGGAAGAGGCUGACCCGUACUCUCUCACUUCCUGGUUCUGGUUCCUCCUCGUCUCCUCCCUGGUCUCCUCUUCCAAGACGUCACCUGAACAUUGACAACCCGCUCUACAUGAUGGCUCCCAUACCAGACUCCUGUUUCCAUGAGGAGGGGGAGGGACUUGCUGCAGGCUCCGCCUUCUCCUCUCCCUCCUUCUCCCAGCUGUCCCUUGACACCCCCGACGAGCAUCUCUGCGCCCUCUUUCAGAACUUCGUGGACCAGGACCUGGUCUCAGAGGGGCUGCAGCAUCGCCACCUCCUGUUUCUCCGCAGCGCCACGCAGACCGUGGAGGCCCAGCGGCUGCAGAGGGGCGUGGCGAGCAGGCGGCUACGCUCACAGGGGGCUUGGGACUUCCUGCAGUGUCAGGCAAGUGAGCCAAAGCGGGUCGGAGACCAGACGUUCUACAGGCUGCACAACUCCAGGUUCCCAGAGAUGGUCCUGUGUCUGCGGGUGUGCAGCCCACAGCCGGCAGCUUCCUCCGCUCAACCCCCACGCACGCCGCCGCACGCCAAUGUACGAGACGUCCUCGUUUGUCUUCAACCUGCAGCCAUGCUGAUGCCGCGCUCCAGUGCCCACCUGCUUCCUGCAGCCGCAGACGGCAGGGAUCCCGGCCCACCAGCGGGGCGGGCCAGCCCCGGCACCGUCCAGACCUUCCUUCAGGGGGGGGUCGGCGUGAGCGUCGAGCGGGACCUGCCGCUCGCCACCAUGGAGGACUUCGUCCAGGAUUCCCCGCAGAGCCGGCCUGCAGACUACUGCAGGCAGGUGUGUGUGCUGCUGCUGCAGGUGCUGCUGGGGUCACUGCACCUGCACAGCACCUGCGCAGCUGCAGCCGAGCUCCAGCCCCGCCACAUCUUCCUGGUCUGGCCGACGAGAGGCGGUGGAGAGAGAGACCCGGCCGUCCUGGACGGGGCUGAGCAAAGCAGGGGGGUCCAGGUGCUGUGGAGGGCGCUCGGCACCCCCCGGGUGGUGCUGACGCCGCGGUCCCCGGCGGACCCGGAGCCUCUGGUCCACAUCCAGCAGCAGCUGGGAGCUCUUGUUAGCUUCUGUCUGCCCCCCCUGGAGAGCCCGGCAGCCGGCGGUGUGUCGCCGCGCCCCCUCCAUCACAGAGGCCUCCUGUAUCUGUCCUCGCUGCUGCAGGGGGGGGGGCAGCUUCAGAUGACAAACGCGGCCGUUGUGCUUCAGGUGCUCCUGUGGGGGCCGCAGGUGCCGCACCUCUCCACCGUCACCGCGCGGCGCUGGCUGGCGAGCAAACGAGCUCUGCUGCUGCUGACGAUGGCAGAGGCCGGACUGGCGCCGGCGCCGCUCUUUCUGGACUGGGAGGACUGCAUGCGGCUGCGCUUCCUGUCCUUCGCCGAUCCCGAGACGGUGGCGAGUGUCGCGGCGCGGCUGUGGGACUCUCUGAACAAAGACGGUCAGGUCUGA